AUGAAGUACAUGCUGCUCUCCAAGAUCAUGUCAAACCAGCCGAAGGAGACCAGCACCAUCAUCAGCAGCAAGUCGGGUCUCCAAUACGUUGGUCCGGAGAUCGAUGCCAUGGCCGCUGUCGCAAGCGCCCAUGAGGCCCGGUCCCUCAAGAAAUUCGAAGCGGUCCUCGAGCAGCACAAGCAGCAGCUUUCCGAGGACCCAAUCAUCCAAUUUCACCUCUCAGACCUCAAUGAGACGCUGCUUGAGCAGAACAUCCUUAGGCGCUCCCAUCGUUUCUUCCUGGGCUGCGGGGAAACCGGUUCUACGUAG